AUGGCUACUCAAGUGGCAGUUGCGCCGGUCGUCGUGGUCUUCCCUGCAGAAGGUCAGAGAGGCUUGAGUGCAUCCAUAGCCCACGGACACCAAUUUGAUUAUGGACGCCUUUCAACCAGAUGGGGAUGUGGAUGUUCGCUGGCGGUGACCUUUAUGGCACAUGUGAAGACAAGCCGGCAGAAAAGGUGCUCGGUGCGUUGUUCGGGAGGGCGAAAGCCGUCAAAGAGGAAGCAAGGUGUGAAGCGUAGUGCAAGAAGAUCACUGGCAAUCCUUGCCUUCUUAGGAGCGGCUGCUUGCACGGUCUUGGUGAGAAUGUUCCAUUCCGGAUCUGGAAGGGCCAACUGGGGCACUUUCGCUGAGCGAGUCAAGGCUUACAACGGAGUUUGUGGCUCACUGGCUGCAGAUCUGGCCUUCUCCUGUGCUGCAUUCGUGGCCUUUGCCGUGUGUGCGGGUACGGAGACGGCGAUCACCACCUUGUGGCCAUGGAAAGUCCGGGAGUAUGCCCAGCGGGAGUCGGAGAAGGCAGAGAAAAAAGUCAGAGAAUUGCGUGAAAAUGGAGGACGCGCCAGUGCCAAGGUGGAGCUCGGGAAAUGGACUGCACUAAGAGAAGAUAUCCAGCGAUUCAUGCAGACGAUCUUGAUUGGCGCUACCUUAGCAGGUGUGGUGAGCACGGCGUUCAUCACGGAAAUCUGUGGGCAACUCUUUGGGCCCAAAGGCCUUGGCAUUGCGACCGUGUCCGUGACCCUGGUGCAACUAACGCUUGGCGAGAUCUUGCCAAAGAGCAUGGCUGUGUCAAGUCCCUACAACUUUGCUGAAGCUACGCUGCCGUUCUUCUACAGGAUCUCAACUGUGGUGUACCCCGUGAGCCGAAUUCUCAACGAGGCGGUAUCAUUGCUCCUUGGAAUGAUAGGAGUGCCCGUAGAUACGCACAAGACACCCUUUGUCUCCGAGGAAGAAUUGGAUCUUGUGUUUCGAUCAGCCAUGCAGAGUGGGGUGGUGGCCGCAGAAGAAGGUGAGAUGAUUGCGAGUGUUCGAAAUCUGGAUAGCAAGAAAAUCAAGGAGAUCAUGACGCCUUUGGUCGACAUGAUUUGCAUCGAAUCGCAAGAACCCAUUUCGAAGCUGCAUCAUUUGAUCAAGACUACUCAGUUUAGCCGCAUCCCUGUCUACGAAGUGCGUUUUGACAACAUCAUCGGUGUGGUUAGCAUGAAGACGCUGCUGAAGAAUGCGGACGGUUUGGAGGAGAUUGUCGAUUCAAACUCGAGGAAAGUCUGCGAGAUUAUCGACACCCCCGUCUUUGUUCCAGAGACAAUGUCCCUCACUGCGGCAUUGCGCUUAUUAAAGGAGAGAACACUGGCCGUUUGUGUUGAUGAGUAUGGAGGCACCACUGGUUUAGUUACUUUGGAAGAUGUGCUGGAAGAGAUUGUGGGUGAGAUCUAUGACCCAGACGAAGAGAAAGAUCAGGUUGAAAGGCAACAGAAUCAGGACAAAAUUCAGCAGAUUGCACCCAAUCACUUCUCGAUGAGCGGCCUGGCGGAAAAGUACGAGGUGGAGGAAGCUUUCGGCAUCAAAAUGCCCGAGGGUGACUACAACUCCAUUGGCGGUUUCAUGUGCACAAAAAUUGAUCGCAUCCCAUUGAUCGGUGAAGCCUGCAUCGUAGAGACAGCCGCAGAGCGGAUCCGCUUUGAGAUUGCGAAAGUGGACGAACGACGAGUGCUGCAAGUUGAAGCCUUCCGGACAGGAAAAGAGGGUAAGCAGCCUGUAGAAGGAGAUGAAGAUCGAGAUGAGGAGCUGGAAAAGCGCCAAGUGAUUUUCUCAGAGGUGGACGUUUUGGACGCUCACAGUCACGAUGCGAAGGAGAGCGCAGAGAUAGAGGGCGCAGAAGCUGGUGCAAGUGUGGGUGAAGUUGAAAAUCCUAGUGACAUUCCGUCUGGAGUUAGCAUAAUAGAAGGAAGUGAAUUGCGACUUCCUGUAAGUCCAACAGAGGCAAAGCCUGAAUCGACGAGUCAAGGCCUUGAGCGCCUUGAGCAAGCGAAAACUGAAGGCUUGCAAGGUGAUGUGAAGGAAAGCUUGCCAGAUGAAAAGAAGUCUGAAGAAACCAAAGAAGUGUUGGACGUGUCGUCCAAAAGAUCGAGGGCAGAGCCAGAAAAGAAAGCCUAUUGUGCCAAGGGUAGCUACGUGCUGCCAGCUGGUGACCUUGACCAUUGCAACCGCAGCAGCCACAACUGCGACGAGGCUUCAACUGUUCAGGUCUUUGCAUUGGACGAGGUAUUGGACGCGUAUGGGGUGACCCAGGUGUGUUUGCUGAAGAUCGACUCCGAGGGUGCAGAGCUGAAAGUGCUCCGGAGUGCAUGGGGCUGGCUGGCCAAGCGUGCCAUACGGAUGGUGUACUUCGAAUGGAGGCCCUUGACAAGCAUUGCCCGAGGGGAGGAUCCGUUUGAAAUCCUCAACUUUCUGGCCUCGUUGAACUACAGGAUACUUGCCUCAAUCCAAUGGUUUGCCGAUGACCAGGAGUGGACGUUUGUCGAGCGUGAACAGUGGCAUACCAUGCUGCUGCGGAAGGGCAACUUGCUCGCAGUCCCAUAG